GUGGGACAGCGGGGAUGGCCGGUGGCGGAGCGGGUGGAAGGGCUCCGUACCCAGCCUGGAGGGGGCGAAGGGCCGGGACGCCCAAAGAGGAACUCGAUCAGAGCGGAGGGGAGCCACCGAGGUCUCCGCUAAACUGUUCUACCCAGGAGGCUGGGCGGAGCCGCCGACAGAAGAGGAGGAGGAGCUGCUUGGUGCUGCUGCUGCUGCUGCUGUUGCUUCUGCUGCUGCUAUUACUUGGCAAGCCGGAAAAUCUUGUUCUUUCCUGGGAAGCGACCGAAGAUCCGCGCGGAUUGCAUUGGCAACCGGACGCUGGAGGAAGCUGGAGGGAAUCAUGAGGCGACUGGGGUGUUUGGGAGAUGAUUUGAAGGGUACAUGUGACUAACCCACCUCAGACUCCCUCACCCAUUCUGCUACCUCAGGAGCCUAAUAGCAUUGGAUUUCCACUGGUUCUGGACACUCUCAAGGGGCCAUGAGACUAGCAGGUCCUCUUCGUGUUGUUGUGAUUGUCUUGACAGCAGGGCUGACCUGGAUCCUUGUCAGCAUCUUGUUGGGGACCCAAAGCAGUUUUUCUCGCCUGCAGCAGUUCCUCCUCAACAGUCCAGAGAACACUCCCGCUACAGAUUUGGACAAGAUCAGAGUGGUCUCGGCAAAGAAUUUUGCAGGCAGCCGCAAUAGUCAUCGCAAACCAAGGCCAAAGAAAUACAAGUGUGGCCUCCCUCAGCCCUGCCCAGAGCAUUCGUUUGCCUUCCGGAUGACAAGCGGUGCAGCCAAUGUUAUUGGGCCCAAAAUCUGCCUUGAAGAUAAAAUGCUAAUGAGCAGCAUGAAGGAUAAUGUAGGCAGAGGUCUGAAUGUUGCCCUGGUGAAUGGUGUGAAUGGAGACUUGAUUGAUGCUAAGUCUUUUGACAUGUGGGCAGGAGAUGUGAAUGAGCUGCUAAAAUUCAUCCGGUCAUUGCACGAAGGGACAUUGGUAUUUGUUGCCUCUUAUGAUGAUCCUGCCACAAAAAUGAAUGAAGAGGCCCGUAAAAUCUUCACAGAAUUGGGCAGCAAGUUUGCUCGGGAACUGGCCUUUCGAGACAGCUGGGUCUUUGUUGGAGCCAAAGGAGUGCAAGACAAGAGUCCCUUUGAACAGCAUAUGAAAAACAGCAGAAGCUCCAACAAGUAUGAGGGCUGGCCCGAAGCCCUUGAGAUGGAGGGCUGCAUUCCGCAGCGAACCACCGAGGUCCUGUGAGGGUCCGUUUCUUCAAAACUUCAAGUGAAUUUUUUCAUGGGGAUGGGAGAAAAAGUCUCCAGUCUUCCACUUAUUGUUGUCUACCCUUAUUGUGGCAGCUGCCUUUUUUCCCUUCUCCACAGUGGCCUGUUUGGCAGUGCCUUAAUAAGGCCAACCAGUUGCCCUUUUCAGAAAAGUUUUCUUGCCCUGGACUUUGGGAAGAAAGAACGUGUAAACAACUCCUUAUUGUCGGGUUAGUUCUCACGUCCCUUCUCUAGUGCCUUACAUUUUUCCCAGGUGAAGGGGCUAAUCCUCCUUGCCCUCUUCCCUGCUAUAAAUUUGCAGAGACAAUUGAUUUCCUCUACUGAGAACCGAUCUGGGGAUUUUAUUUGUGAUAAUUUAAAGCAGGAGGAAGAACUCUUGGGCAGGGGGAGUAAGUGGGAGAUACCAUGAAAAGUGGGAAGGUCCCCCCAUUUCUUUAUCUCCACAACAUGCUUCUAUCAUGCCUUCUUUACAUGUUUGCACCUUUCUUUGAUCCAUGCACAUCUCAAUCAAACAUGCAUUCUUUGCAUGUGUAGAAUCCCUGCAGUGCUCACCUGAAAAGCAUGGAGGUCAAAGGAAGAGUCCCGUAUUCAUGAGGUUCUGCCAAAGGAACCACUCUGAAUCAGAGUUUAUCUAUUUUAACACCACUGCUGUUCCAAAGGUGUUUAUCUCUAUUUUAACACCACUGCUGUUCCCCUUAGUUUGCUAAACUUGAGAAAUGCCCAGUUACUGCUUCCUGUAGUGUAAUGUUGGUGCUUCAGUUUGGGAGGGGAUUGGGUGAGGACUGAGUCUUUCAUUCAUCCUUUUGCCCAUGUUCACUUUUUUUUUAUAGAGUGUAGUUGAGGGAAUCCAAGUUGAAAGUUUCCAUUUGCCCAAUCCUUGUUGCUGAACAACUUCUUCAAUAAAUACUGUGUAAAACAA